AUGGUACUACUGUUCACUCCAAAGCAUCAGAAACUGGUCAAUCAAUGCUAUCCUAGCGGGCGGACAACGGACAAGAAACCCAAGUCUUCAGAGACGUCUUAUUUACUGUACUAUGUGAACUCCAGGAGAACCAAGCUAGAAAAGGUUAGCAGCUUUUUGGCGCGUAAAAGCACUACAGACCUCAACCACAGACGCAUCGGUAAUAUCUCGGUAACGCUGGAGCUUAUGGACAAGAUUGUAACUCAUUGCAAGGAAAAUUUGAACGUUUUUGUUCGAGACUUUUUACAGAUUAUGGUCAAGAUUUUAUCCAAUAACAAUGUAAACAACGAUGCCAGCGUAGUUGAAAACGCAGAAAAGACAUUUGGGAGUAUCUGUCGCUUCCUUGACGGUGCAUUGUGCAAUGGUGAUGCUGACUUUAUCGACUCCUUUCAAAAAUUUGUGGAUUUGUAUUUCCAAGUUGUAACUGAGAGACUACGUGACGACAAAUUGCUGCUCAAAGGCUGUACAGACAUUUCGACCGUGCAAAACCUCGCGCUCAAUCCACAAGGCAGCAUGUUGAUAUCGCGAGCUGCAGAAAUUGCGCUCACACAAUUUCAAGAGAAAAACGCCCAGUAUCGCGUGCAAAGUCUCGAGGCUUCAGGCGACCUCACAAUGGCCAAAAGGCUUACAAGAACUCAAACGCACACAGAAGGGCUGGAUGACCUCAUAAACAGCGACGACUAUGCCAUAGAAGCGCUCAGGUCCUUCUUUAGCACGUCCGAAACCGAUAAACUGACGAUUUCGAUAAAAGCGUUGUUCAGUGUUUUGGUGAAAACGCCGAACCAACAGCUUUUGCAGUUCAUAUGUAACGGUAUACCCGUUCACUUGAGGUACAUUGUGGUCCUCAUUUUUAUUCGCCAAUUGCGUCAAGAUUCUCAGCGCUCAUUGGUGAGCUUGAAGCUAAUAUCAAGCUUAUUGGUGUCCGAGGUCAGUAUCGUUGGCUUGAGUAUUAUUGAUGUUAUGAGAAAGCUGCUCAAUAUACAAAUCACAGACGGCAUUUCUAAAGAGAUCAGCAGCCAGUGUGCAACCACAAUCGGAGACUUGAAUCGCAAAACUUACUACAAAGACCAGACCUCGGACAUGUUCUCUGAAAUAUUGAUAAGACUCAAAGACGAUAGAAACUCGGCCCACACAGACAGCUUACGCCAAGAUUUGCAAGAAUUGGCAAGUUCCACAUUCACGCCUUCUCUAAACUUAGACACUUACCUGGAGCUUUUCCCUUACCUUCACGAGCCAGUGGCACUAUUCAGAGUGGUCAGCAGCACUCUUGCCGGCUCUUUUUCCAUCUCAAAACUUUUCCAUGUGAUGGAUAGCUUGAACUCUCCUGAAACGCAACAAACGUUCAUGUCCGCAGCUUUUGACAAGUUCAAAGGUUUCACACUUUUAGCAGGUCUGAAGCACUACCUUGAAAUUGAUGAUAUUGAAAAGAGCUGCUACUUCAACUAUCACAUAGAAGCCGCGACAUUUUUGGGCAUCAGCGAUUACCGCUCCCAAGCCAAAUUCAAGCAAGCGUCACAAGAAAGGUUCAGUCAAGACGAUUUACUCAAUUAUUAUUCAGACAUGGGAUCCAACAAGUACUCAGACAAAGGCAGACAGAUCAUUCUGUCCAAAGAGAUCAAUGUUUCCACAACAGACCUACUGUCGAACGGCAAUACUACCAUUCGCUCCGAAACCGACGCAAAUGGUAAGCUAGCUGACGGCGUCGCGAUUCCUCCACCCUUGACCCAAGAUUUCGGUGCCAUACCGAAAUUCGGCCUUGGGAAUGACGCAAGAUCUCUCAGAUCUCUCAAGCACAUGUCACCAACGGUCAGGGAUUUAAAGGCCGCGAGAAGUAAUGGAGCACUGCGGAAAAAACGCGACGUGGUAUCUCACGGCUCGCAGUCGGUGAGGUCUCACAUCACAAAUAUCACUUUUCUUCUAUCUGAACUUGGCGAUGAUGGCCAAGAAAGCAGAAUUCAAGACCCUGACGAAGAAGAAGUGGUGAAUAUUGAAAAGUCAGAUCUUGCCAGAUCCGAGUCUCUCAAGUUCAACAACACCGCCUUCAGGGCUUCCAAGCGCCUGAGCAUUCCUCUUAAGCUCCAGGAAGACAAUGAGGAAUUUCAAGAUGCCACUGAAGAUUUCCAAAUCACAUCUACAAGAGGGAAGCUAUUCACCGCCUAA